AUGCUUCCGUCGUUCAUGGUCAAACUGUUCUGGAAAAGGAUGGACGAGGUGGCGGAGGGAGUAGGAGUGGGAGGGGGUGCCGAACACGAGGGAGGAGGCGAGGGGGCACCACACGUCGUGGUUGAGGAGGAGGAGAUCGAGGAGGAUACAUCGAGGCAAGCUCAGCACAGGGUGAGCGGCCUGGGGGGCAAUGCGAACAAGCAGGAGGGCUCGAGCUCGGAAUCGAGCUUCGGCUCGAGCUCAAGUGAUGAGUCGAUCGAGCACGACGGCGAGGGCGUAGGAGAACAUCUAGGUGGGACGGAGCGUACGGAGGAGCAUGGAGUGGCGCUCGGGGAGCGGGUGAUGCAUAUCGAGCAGCAGGCGACGGGGGACGAUGGGGCUGUCGAGGAGCAGGAGGGCGGAGCGGCUGCGCAGGAGGUGCAACAGCAGGAGGGCGGGGCGGCUGCGCAGGAGGGUGGGGUCGGAGGGCAGCAGCAGGAGGGCGUGGUGGCUGCACAGGAGGGUGGGGCGGAAGGGCAGAAUCAGGAGGGCGGGGAGGCUGCGCAGGAGUGA